CCAAAUUGUGCCGCUCAUUUCAGCUGUUUUGUUUUUUAUAUUCGGAUGGUUUUACUUUAAUUUUAUUUAUUAAGUUAUAAAGUAGUUUUACGUGUUGAAAAAAGAAUUAACAGAUGCAUAAUCUGAGUCACUAAGUUUCUCUUAGACGGUAUUUUGCAAGUCGGGUGCCGAGAGCAUCUACAAAAAUGACUGAAAUUUUACCUUUUAAAGAAUCUGAAACACAAUCUCUAACAGAACAGAAUAAUGUACUAAUGAGCCCGAGAAAUUCAGCUGAACGCGUUCAUAACGAAAGUGAUGAUAAUUGUAAUGACCAUAACAAUUCUUUUAAAGACGGACUACGAAAUCAUAAUAAUAGAUUAUCUGAUAGUGAAAGCGAUUUAGAAAUAACAAAUACUGACAGAAUCAGGGCAUUUCAACCCACAUCAAAUGCAAGCAGUGAUAGUGAUGACUAUUCAAACAUAAUAAGAAAACGAUCAUCAAAUUUACAUAAAAAAAUACUAAAUAGUGAUGUGUCUGAAUCAGAUUUGGAACAAAGUCAAGAAAAAGAAAAUCUGUUAAAUAUUGAUAAAGGAAGUCUUCAAAAAAGAACUGUGAAGAAAAGAAACAAGUUGAGAGAAAAAAUUCAAAAUCUACUUAACUCUAAGGAAACUAUAAAUGCAUCUAAAACAGAUCAAAAUGAACUUUUCCACCAAAAUCAAACAAGUUCAAGUGAUGAUGAAAUGGCAUCUAUCAAUAUAAUAAAACAGAAAAUAAAGGAGCGAUCAAAUACUUUGAAGAUGUCUAUAUGUGACCCUGACAGUUCUGAAGAUGAGAGCAAUCAUUUAAAACAUGUUCAAGAGCCAAGGAAAAAGCAAAAGCGUUCAAUACUUACAUCACCAAAACCACAGAGGAUAUCUGCAAAGCAAGCAAUGGAAAACAUGCAUAAGAUCAAAAGUGAAUCUAACCGCAUGCUUAGAGAAAAAGAAGUUUCUUUACCUUAUCACAGACCAAAGGCACUAAGUUUGAAAGACAUCAUGAGCAGAAGGAAACCUGCUGUGUCAUCUGAUGGUAAAAUUCUCCCGAUCAAAAUGAAUGAAGAACAGUUAAAGCAGUUUGCGUUACAAUUAGAACAAAGACAAAAAGAAAUGAUAGAGUUAUGUAAGAGUGAUACAGAAGAUGAAGAAGAUAAUGAGGCUUCAGAGCAAAUACAGUGUAUGAGCGAUUCUAAUACUGCAUCAGAUCAAAUACUAACUAAAAUAGAUGAUACAGUAUGUGAACCUGAACCUUUAGCUAAAUGUAAUGUUUCUAUGAAAAUGUUAAACAGCGAUGUAGAUUCCAAUAUAAGCAAUGACACAACAAAAGUUGAUAAUGGUAGUAGGCAUGUAGAAAAGUCAAAUGAGGUCAGUAACAUUUCUAACAAUAAUUUCGAGGUGUCUGAAGAUGUCCAUGAUAAAUCGAAAGAUGUAUCUACAGAAAUAGAACUUGUAUAUAAUGAUUCUCUUGAAAAACCUAAUGAGGUAGCAGAUGAUUUAACAUCCGAAAAAAAAAAUUGUGAAUUUAACGCACCUGUCACUACUUUGACUAAGCAAAAUAAAAGUGAUGAAGCAAAUAGUUGUGAUUCAAACAACCAAACUACUACGAAUAUUUUAGAUAUGAGUGAAAGUAAAGAAACUAAUCAAGCAAGUGCUGAAAAUUUGACUGAAAAAGAUAGCCAAGGAAGUGCUGAAAAUUUGCCAGAAAAAGAUAGCCAAUUAAUAUCAUUGCUAUAUGAUACAGAGGAAAAUGAUUCCAAAACACUGGCUGAUUUUAAUAAUAUUAGUAAUGAAAUCCCCAAAGAAGAAGUAACAGAUACAGACGGAAAGCGAGUUGAUGACGACCAAUUUCCAGAUGAUGAUUUGGAUGGUGUGAAUAUAGAUGAUAUUGACAAUAUUAUUGAAAAUGAAGAAAUGAUAAGAAAUGAUGUACCUAAUAAAAAAUACAACUCCCCAGCACUUGUUAAACAAGACACAAAUUCUUUGAAAUUGAAACCUAAGUUAAUGGGAGCUCCUGGAAUGUUAAUAGAUUUAGAUGGUAGUGAUGCCACCGUGCCGAAAAAGUUGACUGGUGUCGAGUUGUUGAAAGAGAGAUUUUGUUUUUUUGCCAAAUUGAAAACCCCAGAAGAACUUGAAAGAGAAAGAGAGAGAAGGCAAAAACCUGGAACUCAACACAUUAAAUUAAAGCAAGAACUAGAAGAGAAGAUAGCAACGCAACGAUCUCUGGAGUGGACGAAGCGCCUUGAAAAUGAGAAACAGCAGCAAAAAGAAUUAAAUGCUAUGAUGGGUGAAGCAUCAGAUGUUGAAAACGAAGAAGAUGAUAUUGAUAAAAUAGAAGCAAAAUUACGGGAAAAUGAAGCUGAAAGUAAAAGAUCUUCUGACAGUGAAGAAGAAGAAGAAGAAGUUAUUGAAGACGAUGUAUUGAUUGAAGAUAAACCAAGAAAGAAGAAUCAUUUAGUUGCUGAUGAAGCCGAAGAAUCUGAUAUGGAUGAUGGUGUUCAAAGUAACAUUGACGAAGAUGAAAACCAGUUUGACGCAGAAGACGAUAAUGCUGCCGAAAAUGAUGAACAGAAUGACGUUCAAAGUGAAGAAGAUUCUAGUGAAAAUGAAGAAUCUUCAGAAUCAGAAGAUGAUCAAGAAAUGAAACCAAAAAAAAGUAGAAUAUUGAAGGCUUUUGAAGAUUCAGAUGAUGACGAAUCAGAUAAAAAAAUUAGUAUAAUAAGAACAGUCACACUAGAAAGGGAUGAACUUCAUUCCAACAAGAAAGACUCAACAUCUCCUUUGAUAAGUCAGAUCGGUAAAACGCGGGCGUCAGAAGACAUUAGCAAAUCGGAAAUUAAUACGAUACAAACCAGUGAUAAUAUUACGGAAUCACAAGAUGAAGAUCUCCAGUUAGCUCAAGUUCCUAAAACGAAUUCUGAAGAAAUAUUUACUAGUCAAGAAAGUAUAUCUAAUAAACCUAUCAAUUCAGUCAGUGACUGUAAUGAUGUUGACUUGGGAUCCCAGACAUUUUCUAUUGUAAAUCCUAGUAGUGUUUUAAAAACUAAUUCAGAAAUUAAUGUAAAUAGUCAAGAAAAGACAAGUAUUUUAUCUGAAACUCAGCCAGUUGAUGAUAACUUAGACAUUGUAGCAGGCUUGUGUUCGGGGAGCUUAUCUCAAAAUUACAUAGAAUUUAAACCACCUUCAACACAAUCGCAGAACUUAGAGUCGCAACCGCUAGGGGAUGAUAUUUUAGACAUGUGCACUGGAAAAUUUUACGAUAAUCAAUUGGUUACACAAACUGAUGAUAAUGUCGAUUGUACAAGUCUUGACAUAACCCCCGAUUCCACAGUAGGACCUGUGGAAGGCGAAAAAAAAUGUGAAACAAUCAAAAAGGCUGAUGACGUACUGAAAUCUGUUCUUGAUGAAUUAAAUGAAUCGGAAAUUGAAUAUUCUAAACCCAUGAAAUUUUUCUGUGAUGGUAAGAAUAAAAAUGAAGGCAAUGAACAUAGUGUAAAUAAUAGUCAAAUGAAAAAGAAAUUUGUCAUAGAUUCUGAUGAUGACAUUACGGAUGAACCUGAAAAAAGUAAAAGUAAGAAAAAGAAAAUAAUUAAAAAGAAAAAACCUGAACAACGUGCUUUGCAGAUUUCAGAUGAUGAAAAUGAAGAUUAUAGUGAACAAGAAAAUGAUUACAUGUCGGACAAUGAAGACCUACAAAAUAAUGAUGAAGAAAGAUUGGUAGAAUAUGAUUCGGAAGAGAACGAGAUCGAAGUGAAACAACGGCCGCAGAAGAAAAAGCGCAAGGCGGCAGAGUUCUUCGAGCAAGAAGCGGAGUUGACGUCGGAGGACGAGUGGUGUGGUUCCGGGGACGAGGACGAGGCUGGCCUCGAUCGCAUGGAGAGGGAGGCCGGCGACGACGACGCCUUCCACCAGGGACGGCUGCAGGCCGAGCUGGGGCAAAUACACGCGCGAGACAUUCUAGAUCAAGACAAGCGCGAAGUGAGGUUGAUUCAAGAGCUGUUAUUCGAAGAUGGCGAUUUGGGUGGUGGCGGUCGGCAGCGGAAAUUCAGGUGGAGAACAGAAGACGGAGAGGAUGUCACUGGCACAAUACCAAACGAUUUGAUGGAUACACAGGAAGAAGAAUUCGAGUCUGAAGAGCAGUGGAGGAAGCAGAGGCACGAGAGGGAAGUGUUCCUGAGGCAAUUGAAAAAUGAAGACAAAUCUGAAGACGUUCUAAACAUCAGCGUGAAUCGAACGACUAUAAUAAAAGCGAACCUAUUAUCCAGAACUAUGUCUAGCAUUUUAGAAGAUCAGAAACCCGAUUCUGAAAUGCCCGAAAACACCACGGUUUCCGAUAAAAAGAUUGUAAAGGAUAUACCGAGCCCUAAGAAGCCAUUCCCAGUUUUUAAGCAAAACUACCACGGAUCUCUGUUGACGCGAGGUCGCGGGGCUUUGGCUAGGCUAGCAGCUUUAGCGACCCCCUUAGCAGUCGAUGUCGACGCACCCAAAAUUGGACUGAUCGCGACUUCUAGCAAGAGGAACUUCGUGUUUGCCGCUAUCACCCCAGAGGAUAAAGAGCUCAAGGUUACCAAAAGGAAAGCCGAUGUCGAUGUCGGGACCCCUAGACUCGUCAAGAAAAUGAGAAAAGAAGAAAAAAAGCAGCCAAAAAACAGUCUUCUUGAUCAUUUGAUGACGUGAAGCUGCAAUUUUUACAUUUGACACCAUAUGUAUUGUCAUUGCAAAUGUAGAUUAAAUUAUUAUUACAUAAUAUUGUUUAUAAGCUGUUGACCUUUAGAUGUAAUUAGUAUUAUUUUACAAUAAAAAAAGAAAUUUCCUAUUAAAGUUGUUCUUUCUUUUCAAUGAUAGCAUUGUUAUAAACGGAUAUUGAUAGCUGUUUUUACUACUCUAUUCAAACAAAUAGAGUAGGUACCUUGUAAAUAAAAGGCUGCUUAACAGACAUAACUUCAACAGUAUAAUGUCGUACGAUGUUUUACAAUGGGGAAAAUUUGCCAAAUACAUUCAGAUUAUUUUUGAGUUACAGGAGAGGCGCUUCAUUUUUAGUUUAUUCUUUUUGUCAAUUUAUUAUAUGUAAUGAUUUGGUAAGGAAUCUCCAAGUUUAAAGAAAAUGACAAAAUUGACAUAAUGAUGGCCGCAAAAUAAAAAGUUAAGAAACUUACUACCUACCUAUAGGACAAUAGCGAAAUAUUUGUUGAAGUAAAUCUUUAGCGUCUAUAGAUGUCAUUACCAGAAAUGUUAAUAAAAUAAUCUCAAAAGAUUUAUUAAACAAUUCAGGAGGGUUGUCUAAGUCUGGAAUUAAAAACUUGAAAAAGGGAAACACAAUUGACUAUUUAUUUUUUAUUUUUAUUGGGGCUUGGCAUCAUGGCUUUUGCCAUUUAUUUUAAGUGAUUUUAGUGAUGAAAUCAACUUUAAAUAUGUUAUUCGUAUGUUUUGCAUCGCUUUACGCUUAAACUGUAUUUAAUUAUCUAUCAAAAAUAUCGGGAAACAUUAUUUUUCAAUAUUAUAUUGAAACCAUAAUAAAUAAUCUCCACAAUACAAAAUGAGUAUGGCUACAAUUCUAACGAAAGGGUACGGGUGCGGCCAG